UGGAACGUUGUGUGACCUGUGUGAGCUCAAGAUCCAAAUACCAUCUCCGCACCACCAACCACCACCAACCUACACAUACGUAUAUAAUUCCGUUUCGCCCGACAACAACGAGGAAAGGCUUCUACCAUCCGGCUCGAGACUCUGCCGAUAGCUUGUACUGUGCGUCAUCCAUCGCCCUAACCGAAGCUCUGAUUCCUUCACCGACGGCAGCCACGACGGCUAUUGCGCGUCACCAACAGACGACAACAUGAGUGUUAUCAUGGCGACUGCUGGUUACGACCAUACGAUCAGAUUUUGGGAGGCUCUGUCGGGGAUCUGCUCACGAACAAUCCAGCACACCGACUCGCAAGUAAACCGACUCUGCAUAUCCCCGGACAAACGGUUCCUCGCAGCGGCGGGCCACACUACCGUCCGGUUAUACGAUAUCAAGUCUUCCAACCCCAAUCCUAUCCUCCAGUUCGAAGGCCACACCAACAACGUUACGGGAGUCGGCUUCCACUGCGAAGGUAAAUGGAUGGUCACAUCUUCGGAAGACGGAACGGUCAAGAUUUGGGAUACGAGGUCCGGUGUCGUCCAGCGUGACUAUCCUCAUGGAUCGCCGGUCAACGACGUCGUCAUACAUCCGAACCAGGGAGAGUUGAUAUCGUGUGACCAGGCGGGGAAUGUGAGGAUCUGGGAUUUGGGUGAAAAUAAGUGCACGCACCAGUUGAUACCAGAAGACGACGUUCCGGUGCGGAGUGUUACCGUGGCGACAGAUGGCAGUAUGCUUGUAGCUGGAAACAACCUAGGCAACUGCUACGUGUGGCGGAUGAUCCAGAACCGCGACGUUACACAACUCAUGCCGGUCACCAAGUUUCAAGCGCACACCAAGUACAUCACUCGGGUCCUCCUUUCACCCGAUGUGCGACACCUCGCGACGUGUUCGGCGGACCACACCGCCAAGAUCUGGUCCGUGGACGAGAAGAAGUUCACACUCGAGACCACACUACACGGGCACCAGCGAUGGGUGUGGGACUGCGCAUUCAGCGCGGACAGCGCCUACCUCGUAACUGCUUGCUCGGACCACUUUGCCAGGCUUUGGGAACUGAGCAACCAACAGAUCAUCCGGCAGUACAACGGACACCAUCGCGGAGCCGUUUGUGUGGCGCUUAAUGACUACAGCGAGCGAUGAUCGGCCCGGUAAUCCCAUCUCGAGUAUACUAAAUCCACUCUUAGAAUCGUGUAACGAGAGGUUGGGACUUGUGUGAUGGCCGGUACGUACGACGGGGCAUUUUGUUUAAUCUGUGCCUUGACGGGGGGUGGAAUCAAAUGGCCAAUACUGCUUUAUAAUGAUUGAAUGUACUUUUUGACGCAGAGAUACCGAUUUCCGAUAGCAAUUACAAAGGUCAAUAGCAAUGCCCAAAUUUGCAUGGUUCAUUUCGGGUCACUCGGUACAGGGAAUUGAGUGUACAACGUCAGAGCUGUUUACUAAGUAUCAUAUGCGAGAAAGGCCGAAUGGGACAAUCAAUUGAUGUUCUCUCUCUCUCUCCCACUCUCUCUCUUCCACUCUCUCUCUCUCUCUCUAUCCCACUCUCUCUCUUCCGCUCUCUCUCUCUCUCUCUCUCUCUCUCUCU